UCGCAGGAGGAACAGGGCCUUCCCCCAAGCCUCUGGAGCAGGUGAGGCCGACGGCUGUGCCCGGGCAGGUAGAGCAGCCGACGGGCCCCGCGGCCCAGAGCUCCCCCUCCUCUGGCCUUUGGUCCGCAGGGUCCGUGAUGGAGUCCGCUGCCCGGGGUCGCUCCCCGCCCUGAGUCCCUCAGACAGCCAUGCUGCCCCGAGGGCGUCCCCGGGCACUGGGGGCCGCCACGCUGCUGCUGCUGCUGCUGGUGGUGGUUGGCUUCUUCCUGUUCGGCCGAGACCCUGAGUACGGACUACGGGCAGCUGCCACCUUCGAGGGAGACCCGUACGGGAGCCGCAACCGCUCCGCCUCCGGCCUGCAUCCUCCACUGCCACCCAAGUGCGAGCUGUUGCAUGUGGCCAUCGUGUGUGCGGGACACAACUCGAGCCGAGAGGUCAUCACCCUCGUGAAGUCCGUGCUAUUCUACAGGAAAAAUCCGCUGCACCUCCACCUGGUAACCGAUGCUGUAGCCAGAAACAUCCUGGAGACGCUCUUCCGAACAUGGAUGGUGCCGGCUGUGGUGAUCAGAUUCUAUGAUGCUGAAGAGCUCAAGCCCCUGAUCUCCUGGAUCCCCAACACACACUACUCUGGCCUCUAUGGGCUAAUGAAGCUAGUACUUCCCAGCAUCCUGCCUCUCAGCCUGGCUCGAGUCAUUGUCUUGGACACUGAUGUCACCUUCUCCUCUGACAUCGCGGAGCUAUGGGCACUCUUUGCUCACUUUUCUGGUGAGACACCUGCAACUCUGCCUUGGUCUGCCCCUUCCCCGGCUUACCCAGGUUCCUGCUGUGGACUAGCCCGGAGCCCACAUCUUCAGGCAGCUCCCUCCUGCCCUCCCCUCCCAGACAAGCAGGUGGUCGGUCUCGUGGAGAACCAGAGCGACUGGUACCUGGGCAACCUCUGGAAGAACCAUAGGCCCUGGCCUGCCUUGGGCAGGGGAUUUAACACAGGUGUGAUCUUGCUGUGGCUGGACAGACUUCGGCAAACUGGCUGGGAGCAGAUGUGGACCUUGAUGGCCAAACGGGAGCUCCUUACUCUGACGGCCACGUCUCUGGCUGACCAGGAUGUCUUCAAUGCUGUCAUCAAGGAGCAUCCCGAGCUGGUGCAUCCCCUGCCCUGUGUCUGGAAUGUUCAGCUGUCGGACCACACACUGGCUGAGCGCUGCUACUUGGAGGCAGCCGACCUCAAGGUGAUCCACUGGAAUUCCCCAAAGAAGCUCCGAGUGAAGAACAAGCAUGCAGAAUUCUUCCGAAACCUGCACUUGACCUUCCUGGGGUAUGAUGGGAAACUGCUGCGGAGAGAGCUCUUUGGCUGCCCCAACCAGCUCCCUCCUGGGGCUGAGCAGGUAAGAGGGGCCACACUACCUUGCCUUUGGGAGGUUUUGCCGCUCUGGACUCAGGUGGGCCUUGGCUGGAGGGCACGUUGUCCUGGGCCAGCCCCAUUCUUUCUUUCCCUGGACCCUGCUCAGUUGCAACAGGCCCUGGCACAGCUGGAUGAGGAAGAGCCCUGCUUUGAAUUCUGGCAACAGCAGCUCACUGUACAUCGUGUGCAUAUUACCUUCCUGCCCCACCAGCCGCCACCUCCCCGGCCUCACGAUGUCACCUUGGUGGCCCAGCUCUCUAUGGACCGGCUGCAGAUGCUGGAAGCCCUGUGCAGGCACUGGUCAGGCCCCAUGAGCCUGGCCUUGUACCUGACAGAUGCAGAGGCUCAGCAGUUCCUGCAUUUCGUGGAAACUUCGCCAGUGCUCUCUGCGAGGAAGGAUGUAGCCUACCAUAUAGUGUACCGGGACGGUCCCCUCUAUCCAGUCAACCAGCUCCGCAAUGUGGCCUUGGCCCAGGCUCUCACGCCCUACGUCUUCCUCAGUGACAUCGACUUCCUACCUGCCUAUUCCCUCUAUGACUACCUCAGGGCCUCCAUUGAGCAGCUGGAGCUGGGCAGCCGGCCGCGGAAGGCGGCUUUGGUGGUGCCUGCCUUUGAGACCCUGCAUUACCGCUUCAGCUUCCCCAACUCCAAGGCAGAGCUGUUGACCUUGCUGGAUGCAGGCUCUCUCCACAUCUUUAGGUACCAUGAAUGGCCACAGGGUCAUGCGCCCACAGCCUAUGCCCACUGGCGGGAGGCCCAGGCACCAUACCAGGUGCAGUGGGCAGCUGACUACGAGCCCUACGUGGUAGUGCCUCGUGACUGUCCCCGAUACGACCCUCGCUUUGUGGGCUUUGGCUGGAACAAGGUGGCCCACAUCAUAGAGCUGGAUGCUCAGGAAUAUGAACUCCUGGUGCUGCCCGAGGCCUUCUCCAUCCACUUGCCCCAUGCUCCAAGUCUGGACAUCUCCCGCUUCCGCUCCAGCCCCGCCUAUCGGGACUGUCUCCAGGCCCUCAAGGAGGAGUUCCACCAGGACUUAUCACGGCGCUAUGGGGCUGCAGCCCUGAAAUACCUCACUGCCCUGCAGCAGUCCCAAAGCCGGGCCUGAGCUUGCCAAGCUGCCCCUGGCCAAGGCUCACUCUCCCACACGCACACUCCCAGAAGACACUGGAGAACCCUGGUGGGUGCCCACCCUUACUGCUAUUUAAAUUAUUUAAGGUUUUUGUCAGAGGGGCUGGGGUGGGGCAUCUGCGGGGUUCCUGGCUGGUUUCCCUGUUGGGGUCCAGCCCUUCUUGGCCCCAGCUGGUUUGGGGCUAGUUCCCCCAACCCCCUUUCAUAAUAAAAAAAUUAAAAAUUUUUCAUUUUA